AUGGCCGAGGCGGGGGCGGGAGGGGUCCGAGGGGGCAACAGUGCUCAACGACUUGGUUCCAGUCUGGACUCGGGAGCGCAAUUCGGGGACACUUUACGGGGAGGGGGCGUCCCAGGCACGGCCGACCACACGCUGGGAGCUGGUGGAGGCGCAGCUCCGGGCGGGAGGAACCUCCACCUCCCUAGGCUGCGGCUGCGUUUCUCUCCUGUAGACGCCACCGCAGUCGCCGACGUCCCUUGUCAAAGGAUGCAAGCUCCCUUUCGGGUGCCGGAGGUGUUUCAGCGGUCUACCAGAGGCGCGGGUAGGGGGCAUCCUACCCCCAUCCCUAGGGUCUGCGUGGGUUUGUUCAGGGCACCCGGUGGGAAUGAGCCUAGCUGCCGCGCCCAGCUCUUUUCGGGACGAGGGAGCUCUCCCGCUCAGCUCUCCGGCUCAGUGGGCCGGGGGCACCGCUGGGGGCAGACCCAGUGGCUGGGCGGUGGCGGGGAGGUUGGCAGAGAAGAGGGGACUGCUGGUCUACAGGUUGUUUUGCAAGCCUCUGAAGGGGCAUGGGGUGAACAUGAGGAGCUGCCCUUUCUUGCACACUCACCCAGUCGCCUGCUGAGUACUGUGAAUAUCUCCAACAUCACAGCCAUUAUAGGUACAACAGUGAGCAAGAGAGAACCAGCUCUUGCCCCCAUGGAAAUUCUGUUCAGGAAUGGAAGGCAGACACUAAGCUUGUGA